GCAUUACGGAGCCGUGGCAUUUCUGGGUGGGCCGCGCAAUGCGAUCACGGCCUCCGGCUUAGUGCACGCCGCCUUUUGGAAUGACAUUGCGCUGGGCAAGAGCAUCGGCGAAGCCUUCGUGGCAGGUUGGAACAACGUGGCGCUGAACCACAUAGAUCAGGCAACGGAUGCUGCUCAGAAGACCGCCGAGUAUGUGAUGAUGAACAUCGCUCUGAUGGGGGACCCGGCCUUCAAACUCUUCAUUCCAAGUGCGCCGCAGCAGCGGUUGGCUGAAGUCGUCCAGUUGAGCAAUGGCCAUUUGAAGGUCACAGGUCCGCAGCAGUGGACCAAAUUCAAAGCGGAUCAGACCUUAGCUGAUGAGUGGAAUUGGCGAGGAAAUCUCUACUACUAUGGGGCUCCUGGAGCCACGCCACAGAAGAUGUGGCAUGGAAGUAAGCUCCACGAUGUUGAGCUCCCCUACCUCUACGCGCGCCUCACCACGACGGAGGACGUGGUGGGCUUCAAGGCCUCAGAAGUGCCCCUGCCCCUGGGCUGGACGGGCCCUGAUCGCGGACGCGGCUAUCCCGGUUCCGCCGGCACCAGCUUGCACGAGGACCGCCACGCAGAUGGCAGCAAGACUCUCAUGUGGCGCGUGCGCCUCCUGGACUACGACUGUGAGACCGGGGAGGUGACGGGCCAGCUGACGGAGCAGAGCUACGAGCUGGUCCUCGGUGCUUCGGAGCUCACGCCCCAUGACUUGUGUCAAAAGGGCUGCGUUGAGGCUGGGUACUGUUGCGGCCGCGACAGUGGAUGCGGGCGGCCCAGCUGCGGCCAGGGCUGCGAGAUUGCUCUUUAUUCUGACACUCUCUACUCUUGCAUCAACGAGUGUAAAGCCAAGACGGGAUGUUUUACAUGGAGCAUCGCGUUCGGGCAGACCAACAUGUGCACCGUAUGCACCGCUUCUGGUGGUGGCUCAUGCGCUGAGAACUGUGAGCCUGAAGCUGGCGGUUCCUGCAGCGAGAACUGCGAGACCGCCGGCGGCUGCGAGCACGCGUGCUCCGUGAUGCUCGCAGGCGUCCGCUCGCCCCGCGUGUCGGUGGGGGUGCCGACGGUGCUGGGCGGCUUGGAUGAGGUGCUGUACCGGGAAGCCGAGGAGCGGCGGCAGCGGCAGGACCUGCGAGAGCGGGAUGCGCUGCUGGCGCUGAGGCAGCAGUCCGUGCCGCGCUUGGGCCGGCGGUCCAAGGCCUGCUGGCACGCGCGCUUGGAGCGGGAACUGCUCAGCGCCUUCGAGCGAUGUGGAACACAUCGGCUGAUGGAGAUGAGCCAAAGGCGGGUGCUGGUGCUGCCCCGGUCCGGCGUGCACGAGGUGCUGCGGAACUUGGGCUUCGAGGCGGAGGUCCAGUUCUGCGGCAAGCUCGGGGUGCUGCUGGACAGGGAGGAGACGGGGAUGAUUUGCUUCGACCGGCUCCUGCACUUCAUCGCCAACGCCACGGAUACCGAGCGGGCGCCACCCAGACCCUUGUCCAGCCUGGAGGAGGAAUGUUUCAAUCAACUGGAGUGGCAGCUCAGCCGUGAGUUCUGCCAGAUGCUGGCCACUCGUCACAGCCGCGCCACCACAGAGUCGUGGCGGCGUCGUGAGCUGUGUUCGGAGAGCGCCACGCCCCCGGGCACGCCGCGGAACGCGGCGGCCACGACGCCGCGGGCGGCCACGCCGCGUUCCCGGGCAGCCACGCCGCGGAACGGGACGCCGCGGAGUCCGAGCCCCGGGGUGGCGCGGUGCCACCUGCUCUACCACCAGGCGGUCUUUGCGGCCCGCAAAGGCGCGCAGCUGGAGGACGAGAUCAAGCAGCUGAAGCUCUUGAAGGAGAUGGAGGAGUGCACCUUCCGACCCCAGCUGAGCCACUCGAAGUUCCGGCCCCCGUCGCGCACGUCUCGGACGGGUGCGGUGGUCCGGAACUUCGAGUCGACGGUCGCGCGGCUCCAGGCGGCGCACGAGGCCCAGAGGCGGCAGAAGGCGGAGAGGGAGCGGAUCCCGGUGGGGGAGAAGUACGAGAAGCUGCGUCGCCUGGGCCCCGAGCCCUUCUCCUGCGCGGGGCCGCGCGCGCGGGUGGCGCCGAAGCCGGCGCUGGUGGUCUUCGUGGAUGUGAAGGUGCGCGGGCGCGUGGGCCGCGUGGGGGUGCACGAGAAGGAGGACGUGCGGAAGUUGGCCCGGAACUUCGCCAAGAGCUUCCAGCUGGACGCCGGCGCCAAGGCGCGGCUGGAGGCCCUGCUGCGCUUGUCCUACGCCUGGCGCGCCUGGGCGCGGCCGAGUUCUCGCUGA